GUUUGCAGCCUUUUUGCCUGCUGCUUGUUCUCUUUUAACUACAAAACAGCUCUCUCAGAUAUUUCCAACAGCUGCAGUGCAUGGAAAAAAAAGAUAAAUCGACAGGGAGUCCUUGGGUGAGAUUGAAAGUUAAGGAAACCUCACUGUUUACCUACAGACUUUCAGCUCCAGAGUGGGACGUAUCUGAGUGCAGAGUAUAAAGGACAGCUCCAGUACCCAGCCUUACCAGAGGAAACUGGAGAAAACAUUUCCCUCUUCCAGCCGUUGCCAUUCCCACUGAAGAAAACCUCAUCUUUUUUGCGGUUGAGUAGGUUCCAAGGCCCCACCAUGCUGCCCUCCAAGAUAUCCUGCCGCUCACUGGUCCAUCUGGCCAUCCUUUGGGUGGUUCUUCUGGUCCACAUCUGUGAAGGCCAAAACUGGUCGUCUUUCCAGAACAAGCACAUCGAUUAUCCGGAAAGCUCAGCCCCAAACCUCAACACCUAUUGCGACCUAAUGAUGAAACGGAGAAACCUGAACCCGAGCCGGUGCAAAACCCGCAACACCUUCGUCAACGAAGAGGCGGCUGUCGUCAAGCAAGUGUGCGUCAAUGAAGGGACCCAUUACAAGAGCAACUUGUACGACAGCAUUCAGUCCUUCAAAAUGGUCGACUGCCGAAAUGUAGGCGGCACAGCCCCCGAUAGCUGCAGGUACGUCGGCACCCAACAAGAUGCAAGGAUCCGCGUGGCUUGCGAGAAUAACCAGCCUGUUCAUUUUGAAGCUGUCCUGUAGGCGGAGAGGAACGCAACUCACCGCCCAUCUCCUGAAGCCAGAAGCCUGUCUUAUUUUCUUCCCAAUAUUUCUGUUUGAAUGCACCUGCCAAGGCAUGCUACAAGCUUUUCUUUCUUAUCCUUUUCUUCUGCUUUUUCCAAUCGGCAUGCGGUUCUGAAAGGGAGAGCCAUUUGUUUUCUAACUGAAUUAUUUCUUGCUCUGACUUCUUCACAUUGAGAGGGUGGGCUUCAUGGGGCCUUGUUACCUCCUACCUUUUUCCUUCCCCUGAGAAAACCUAGAGGAAUACAUUUUCUCUACAUACAAAUAAAGGGAAUGUUUAUCACCCCCUCAGUCCUAAACCAGCAUAGUCAGUAACAUGCUGCUGUGGGAUUCUUAAGAUCACAGGUCCGCCAAAAUUCCAACCCCAGGUUUCCCAUCUCUGUUGGAAAAACCCAUCUCUUCCUGGGCUCCUUUUUCAGUGACUCCAUCAACCUCAGCAGACGAGGUACCGAAAAAUCCAUAUUCCUUGUGUAGCUGGAGCCUGAGAGAGCCAACGCACAAGUGUUAAUCAGGCACAAUGAUUUUCCAAGGGUUCUGUCCACCCACAAAAGAGCUACUUCACCUAUUCAUCGAUAUUGCCCAUGGCUCUACAGUUAUCUGGCUGGCCGCAUUAUCCAUGAAGUGACUCUUUUACAGAAGAAACCAUCCGCCUUUCUCCCCUUCUGUGCAUUUAGUGAGGGUAACGUGGAGAAAUCUCAGUGUGACUUCUAGAAGUAGUUACUUGUGUAAAUGGGCUUGCUAUGUUUGCUGUUGAUAAAAUAAAUUCU